ACUGAAGAGCUCUUAACUGUGAAUUUUCCAUCAGAACCUAAAACGAAGAAACUUUUCUUUCAACUGAUUUGUUUUAGACCCACAAAGGCCAUAAAUACGACCUCUGUAGUCUGAGGGGUGGCACUCCGGUUUGUCUCAGCUUGACGUCACAGUCUGGUACCUUUCUGAGGUCAUUUUUUAUUCUUAGACAUGAAAUCAUAAAUUAUUUAGCCGUGGUCUUAGUGGCCAUCCUCAGAAGGACAGAUUCAUGCAGAAACCAGAGGAGACAUUCCCUCGAACGGGUCACGUAACCCCAUCAGACGAAACUACAUAUCAGAAGUUUGUGAACGUCAUCCAGCUCAGGUACGCAGCUGCUCUUAAACACAUUAGACCAGUCACCUGACAAACCACAUCCUCAGUUCCCCUUCUGCCACCCGGCAGACGUGAAAACAUGUACUGUGUUGUAUCAAAUCCAAUUACGCAUCUCUGCUGCAUGCCUAUAAAGCUGGAAUGUUUUUCUUGCGUCGUAAACCAAUCAGCAGUCGGACGGUCCAGAGCCUCUCUUCAGCGAUUGGUCAAAAGUGAUCAGAAGGGUGGAGUGAGAUGCUUAGGAGGAGGGAUUUGCGUUGUUUAGGACAGCCCCCGUCCCAAGUCGGCCAUACCCCUUUAAUUGUUUUAGCGUGCUAGAGAGACAGAGUUUAUUCUGGCAGGGAAGAGAGUGCAGCCUCACUCCUGUGAAGUACGAACUAGUGUGGAUGGAGCACAACAUCUCUCUCCGUCCCUCCCUCGCAUGCCAAAUCAGACUGACUUUAUCACUGUUCACCGGCUCCGACUUUAUUUUGUCCUCUGCAUCUGGAGUGACUGACUGAGAGGAAAAGGAAGCAGCAGGUUCUUCUGCCCCGGAGGAAGACUGAAUCCUCUACUGACAGCCUGGACAAGACCUCCAUCAGACAGCCACCAUGUGCGACUGUUUUCACCUGGCGUUUCCCAACUGGCAUGCGUCAGCCGCGGGUGAAGGGAGAAGGCUGAAGGGACCAGAACAAGACACAGAUGAUGAUUUAGCAUGUGAGGAGCCUGAAGUCUUAGAGGGGGAAAGACCUCGUCCUCAGGGUUCCUCUCCUGUUGAGGAAUUCCCCACCACAGAGAAAUACGCAAAACAAGCUGAAGGUGACUUGUAUGACUCACCCACCAAGAGUUCCAAAAAAAGCAAAAGGAUUGGUUUUGGCUCACUGUUUGACAAGCGUUCCUCCGCCAAGAUGAAUCAAACAGAGGAUAUGCAAAGUGAUCAGUCAGAAGUAAUAGUGAAAACUGUGAAAGAAGUCUGUGCUGAGGGUUUGAUUGUAAGUGGAGGAAAAGACGGCAUCUUCAUCAAAGAAGUAAAACCAGAGUCACCUGCUUCAAAGCAUUUAAGUGUGAAAGAAGGUGAUCAAAUACUUAGUGCCACAGUAUAUUUUGAUAAUGUGUCAUAUGAAGAUGCCCUCCAGAUUCUUGGGCACGCUCAACCAUAUAAAGUGGCAUUCUGUCUAAAACGCAAACCACCUCCAAGAACCCAGGAAGAUGCUGAGACAAUGAGGCCAGAUACAGCCAUUGGUGAAGAGGCUGAGCAAGAAGAAGAAGAAGGGAGAGGACCAAAGAUGAGAGGUAGAAGAAAGACAAAAAAGCAACAUGAUCGCAUCUCUUGGCCCAAAUUCCCUACCUUUACCAAAGGUCGCAGGGCCAAUUUUAAAAGAUCUCACAGCACAUCAGAAGCAGAGGAACAAAGAAAAUUAGAAAUAAGUCCACCAACAAGUGACACAGAGUCUCCACUUAAGUCUCCACUAAAAUCCCCAGAUGGAAAAGACAAGAAAAAGAUGCACAAAAUGAAACUUAAGAAGCGGAUGGUUGGCCGCAGGAGCAAAUCUGUGGAAGAAACUGAAGAAAACGAAGAAGUUCUUGCCACAGACAAUAUGGAGUGCUUGGACAACCAAAUUAUUAUGAAUAUAGUGGAAGAGCAAGUGCCAGUGACUAAUGUGAUAGAGAGUCCGAAAAUACUGAAUGAAGCUGACUCGGCUAAAACAAAAAAUGAAUACACAUUACCGACUUUUCCAGCAUCUGAAUCACUGCAUAAGGUCGAGCUCAUCAGUGUGGACACCACUUUAAAGACUACUGAUAUUACAGUCGGUCUCAGAGAUGAUGAGAAAUCAGAACUGAGGGUUAGCAUUCCAGGAAAGGAUACAUAUGAAAUAGAAACAGAGAGCCAAUUAAAAUCCUCCACUAGUGAAAUGAGAACUUUGGAUCCAUCAACAUUCGUCAAUAUUUUGGACAGUCCGAAUGUAAUACCACAAACUGAACCAGCUAUACAUCGAGUUGAUUCCGAUAGCAAAGCAAAAGAUAAAGAAAUUUUAGAAAAGACUCAAGAGUCAGGAAAAACAGACAUGACCAUACCUAAAGUUGAUGUAUUUGUUGACAUGCCAGAGGUAGGGCCGAUAAGCAAAUCACCAAGAAUUGGCAGCGACAAGGAAAAGAAAGAAAUAAACAUUCUUGAAACAGAAAGUUAUGGAAUUCGAACUAGAGGACCACUUGCAGACAUAGCCACUUCAAAGAGCCAUUUUUCAAAUGCAGUAAACAAACUAGACUUUACAUCAGACACUUUCACUUUUGAGAUUCAAAGUAAGGAUGUGUCCUCAACAGACACAAAGAAGCCAAUCACUCCAACACCUGUUAUAUACCAGCCAAAAUCACAUGCUCUGGAAGUGGACAGAAGCAGGAAGAGUACUGGAGGCAGCACUGACAUUGAAACUUUUAAACUGCCUGAAGUAGAUGUUUCUGAAUUUGGUCCCCAAGAAUCAAUAACUGUAAAACAGAGAGAACCAACCAAAGUACCUCUCCUGAAACGAGAGGAAAUUGAGAUUCCUGGCAUGGAGGACAAAGGAUCAAAAGCCAAGGUUAAAUCUCCUAGAAUUAAAGAACAAAAAGUUGAGAAGAUAAUAAAUAUCUCAAAAGUUGAAAAAAAGCAAGCUCGAGGUGAAGCAGAAGACUUUAAUGUUCAGGAUGUAAAAGAAGCAGUAUCAAAAUUCCCUGCUUUUAAAUUACCUGAGAGAGACAUCACUGGAGUCCUUGUACAGAGAGAGAUUACAAUCAUGGAAAUGAAGACAGACAAGACUGGCAUGACACCUAAAGGAUCCCCUUGUAAAAUUUCAAGCACAGAAAUAAACAUUAAGUUGCCUGACACAAUAGAUAAAGAAAAACAGAGACUUUCUCCUAUUGCUACAAAAGAUCAAGUCUUCAUAUUACCAAAAAUUGAACAAUUGCAUCAUGAUGAAACUGUGAGCAAAACAGAUCAAUCAAAAAUGACACUUGUGGACCAACAACUCAAAUCUGGCAAAAAAUUGGCCAGAGAUGAUAAGGUAAGUACAUCUCCAGAUGUAAAAUUCAAACUUCCAAAGCGUGAAGACAUUGAAAUUCCAGGAAUGGAAGCCAUUGAACAGUCAGUUCCACCACAAAAACUUACAAUAGCCAAAGAUACAGACUCUCAAGAAAAGACAGAUACCGAUAUUAAAGCUGACAAAAAUGUUUAUGAAAAGAAAUCAAAGAAAUCAAAGGUAUCAAUGCCAAGUUUUGGAAUCAUGACACCUGACAUUCGCUUCCCAGGUAUUGCAAUUGAAUUACCAAUAAAGGUCACAUCAUCUAAAAGUGACAGUAGUGCAGUCAAGGAAAUGAAAACUGAAGCAAAAAUAGCUCUUGAAGAAGACAUAGAGGGUAAUCAAAUGCUCCAUCAUGACGUUUGCACUGCUAUUGCUAAGGAAGCCUCAAAACAAGAUGUUGAAGGAGAACUGAAGGCUGAAAUCAUAAGCAAAGACACAGAUUUCUCCCCACAAAAAAAGAAACUGCCAAAAAUAAAAUUGCCCAAAAUUGGAGGGAAAUCUAUGAAAGGAACAGCUGAAGUCACUACAAAAGAGGAUGUUACAGUACAAGAAAGUGACAUAACAGAGGUUCUAAUAGAUUUUGAGAAAAGAACAUCUGAGACUGAUCCAGAAACAGACAAAAACUGGAAUAAAUUAAAAAUGCCAAGCAUAGAUGUUUCUGUUCCAAAAAUAAAAAUCCUUAAAGCAGAGGGAAAAUCAAAGGAUGAGGAAACUGGACUCUCAAAGCAUCAGGCUGCUGAAGCUGUUGAGGAUGAUCAAGAGGAAAGUGGAAUUAGACUUAUCAAGUUUGGUAUUUCAAUGCCAAAAGAUAAGAUAGAAGAAGUUGGCCGGCUACCAGAUGAUUCUGAAAAAACCAUCAAGGUUAGUGGAAAAACUGAAGUUGAGCUACCUGAACUUCCAAAAGCUGAAAUAAAAGAGGCAGAGUUUAAGAUGAAGAAAAGGAAAAUAUCAUUUCCCAAAUUUGGAUUCUCUAAAUCAGAUACUAAAGUGUCUGAUGCUGACAUAACUCUACCUGCCACAGAGGGCUCUUUACAUGAUUCUGAUGGCACAGAAAUAAAUGUUGAAAGUAAAACCACUGAUGUAGAGGCUGAAUUCAAGGAUUCAGCAGAUUCUCCCACAAAAUUUAAACUUCCCACAAUUAAACUUCCCAAAUUUGGAGUCUCAUUUCCCAAGUCAACUGAUGCUGGGGACGAUAUUCAAAUGCCUGGUGUCAGAACAGAUGAAACUACAAUGGAUGUUAAAUUGCCAGAAGCUAAACUAUCUGUAGAGUCAACAGACCUAACUGACAAGAAAGGCCCGGAAAUUACUCUCAGUGUAUCCAAGCCUGACACUGAUUUGUCUCGGCCCGAGGGUAAGAUAAAAAUCAAAGGUUUUCAGAAAAAAGAAAUAAAAUCUGAAGAAAUUCCAUUUUCUAAACCAGAUAUUGAUGUUAGUCUGACUGACCAUGCCGCUGAAGUAAUUCCAACCACCAUGCUUUCAAAACAAGACAUCAAAGCUGCAAGUGUUGAUGUCAGUCUUCCACAGGUUGAUUUAUCAAUUCCAGAAGGUUCUGUGGAAAUAAGAGAACCUGAUGUGAAUAUCACAAUUUCAAAAGAUGAGGCUGAACAUAAAGAUCUAACAAGUGGUGGUACACCAGUAAAGUUUAAACUUCCCUCUCUCAGUUUACCAAAGUUUGGUGGAAAAUCAUCUAAGGUAGAAAAAGAUAUGCCAGUUGUAGAUAUAGAUAUUGAAGAAUCUGAUGUAAGCCUUCCAGAAACACAAAUAAGCUUGAAACUCAAAGAUGAUGCACCAUCAGGUGAUGUCAAGGAUUUAUUUGAGACUACAGAAUGUCAGUUUGUUAGUGCAGAUAUUAAGGUUGAAGAACCAACACACAAAGGACAAGAGGUUACCAUUACCUUGCCUAAAUUUGGCAUUAGCAUUCCAAAGAUUGAAGCCCACAAGCCAGCUGAUAGUACAAACAAAGAAGAAUCAAUCAUAGAGCCCAAAGAAUCAAAUGCAGAGCCUGUCCAGGCUGAAAAAGAUCCAAGAUCUCCAACCAAAAUUAAACUUCCUACUAUUAAAUUCCCCAAAUUUGGGGUCUCUUUUCCAAAAUCAACAGAUGCAAUCUCUGACAGUCAAAUGCCUGAAGUCACCAAAGAUGAACCUACCAUGGAAAUUAAAGCACCAGAAACAGAAUUGUCUGCAGAACAGCCAUCAUUACCUGACAUGAAAGCCCCACAUGUUAUUCUCAGUGUUCCCAAACCUGAAGUUGAGAUAUCUACCUCACGGGUAGACAAGUCUAUUGAUGCAAACUCAGAAAAGGUACUGUCUUCAGAUCAUGCAUUUUCUAAACCAGAGGUUAAAAUGAGCCUUGCAGACCAUGGUCUUGAUCAACAGACAGCUAUAGAGGAUUUGAAAGUGCCAGCCAAGAAACUUGAGGUGGAAGUCAAACUUUCUUCAGGUUCAGUAGAUGAAGUCAUCCUGGAGGCUAAAGAAAAGGAGAGUGAGUUUAAACUUAAGAAACGUAAAAUAUCUUUUCCAAAAUUUGGCUUUUCAAAAUCUGACACUAAGAUCCCUGAUGCUGACAUCAGUCUUCAAAAAGAAGAAAUAUCUGUGCCUGACACUGAGGUAGAAGAGACUGAAGAGCUUCCUGCUCCAGAGGUUGAAAUCCAAUUAAAAAACAAAAGUACUUCUGGUUCUCCAUCUAAAUUUAAGCUUCCAACAAUUUCUCUGCCUAAAUUUGAUAUUUCCAUUUCAAAGACGGGGGAAGAUCUUACUACAAAAGCAGAGGAUGAUGCACAGUCAGAAAUAAAGGCAGCAUCAGCAGUUGCAUCACAAGAUAAAGAUGCAGGAAUGCAAGAUUUAAAAACAUCAAAAUCAACUUUCGAAACCCUACCGGUGGAUACUGAAUUAAAAACUAAAGACACUGAUCCUGGUAGUCAAGGGAGUAGAUUUAUGAUGCCCAAAUUUGAAUUUUCUUUUCCAAAGCUAAAGGGGCCAGAAUUUAAAAAGGGUGCAUCAAGAACAGAUGUGGAUAAACCAGAGGUUUCACUGAAACAUGAGAAGGAGAUUGCUGAGGGAACAGCAAAGAUACCUGGGGCAUCUGUGGAAAUGGGGGUAACGAUGAAAAUGCCAAGCUCAGAGCAUGAAUUUUCUGAACAAGACAUUAAAGCUCCAGAGAUUACAGUUGUGAGGGGAGAUACUAUGGCAGUCAGUGAACCAGAUGUGAAUCUUGAGUCCGACAUGAAAAUUCAAACAGAGAUGUUAAAAGAUGAUCCAACCACAGGAGGGACACAGAUCAAAUUCAAACUUCCUACCUUCAAACUACCCAAAUUUGGAAGUUCAUCUUCCAAAGUAAAAACUGACAUAACAGAUUUGAGGGGUGAGGAAAUUACUUUUGAGACUGAAGAUGUAUUUGCAUCAGUAGAUCUACCAGCGGAACCAUCAAAUGUAAAAAGUGACUAUAAUGUUCCCAGUCAAGAGUUAAAGAAGGCCUCAAUCAGUGUUGGUCAGUCAAAAGUCGAUAGUGGAGAUCAAUACACAUUGUCACUGAAAGAGGCAAAAACAACAAAGGUAGAAGGCUACAUUACCUUCCCAGAGGCAAAACAUGGGGAACCAUCAGCUAAAGCAGAAGUAUCACAAGCCACACUAGAAAGCAAAUUUGAUCAAGAAGUUGGUUUAAAAGACACAAGUCUGAAAAUGAAAAGACCAGGCUUUUCAUUUCCUAAAUUUGGAUUUUCUAAAACAGAUAUCAAGGACCAAGAGAUUGACAUCAGUCUUGCACAAAUUGAUACAUCUAAACCAGAAGGUGAUAUAAAAAUGAAAGAACAAAGUAUGAAUAUCUCAGUGUCAAAUGUUGAGGAUAGUCAAAAAGAUGCAACAACAAAAUUUAAACUCCCCUCAAUCAACAUCCCAAAGAUUGGAGGACUUGAAGUUACGAUGGAAGAGAAAUCUAUGCCAGUUGUAGACAUAGCUGUUAAAGGACCCGAAUUGAGUGGUCCAGAUACACAAAUAAAAACAACAGGUACAGUGCCAUCAGUAGAUAUAAAGCCACAAAAUCUAGGCACACAGGGUCAAAUAAGUGUGGACUUGAAUGUUGAUGACACUGAACUUGGAGGACAAGGGGGAACGUUUAUGAUACCAAAGUUUGGUAUUGGCCUUCCUAGAGUAAAAGGAUUUGAUUUAAGUACAUCAAAGUCAGAUUACACAACUGAAAUACAACAAAUUGAUAUAAAAAAACCUGAGAUAACUGAUGUGAUGGCCCCACUAGAACACGAUUCUAAAGGACUAGAUGUGCAGAUGAAGACAUCAACUGAAUUUGGGUUUUCAAAACCAGAAUUAAAAGCCCCUGAAUUUGAUGCAAGUAUUCAAAAAACUGAUAUCCCCAUUCCCGAAGGUAGUAUAGACCUAGAUGAAGCAAAUGUGGAUAUUAAAGUGUCAAAAAUGGAGUCUGACCAAAAAGGUUCAACAAUUUUUGGAUCCCCAACAAAGUUUAAACUCCCAUCUAUAAGCCUCCCGAAAUUUGGUGUUAAAUCACCAAAAGUAGCAUUAGAUGUUAAUGUGACAGAUCCAGAACUAGAAGGAACAAACUUAAAAACUGACAUUUCUAAACCUGAUGUGAAAUUAGAAGUACAGGCGCCCAAUGCUGAAGCUAAAGUUGAAGGAAGUGCAUAUAUUCCUGAGGUUGACUCCAAAGAACCCCAAGUAAAAGUGAAGAGACCAAGCUUUUCAUUUCCCAAGUUUGGGUUUUCUAAACCAGACACUUCAAUUCCAGAUGUUAAUGUCAGUGCACCAAAGGCUGAAGUGUCCAUACCAGAGGUCAAUGUUCCUGUAAAAGAACAAACAACAGAGGUCAUACUUUCUGGAGGAGAGACUGAACAGAAAGAUCUUACUAUUGUUAGUUCCCCAACCAAAUUUAAACUGCCAGAAAUUAACUUGCCAAAAUUUGGAGUUAAAACUUCAAAAGGUACAGUAAGUUUACCAUCAGCAGAUAAGGACAUAAAAGGAAUCGGAAUCAUUGCUCAUGAACCAGACAUCAGUGUGUCAGGUCAAAUACCAAAAAUUGACUUAAAUGUAAAAGAAAUAGAGACAGAUAUACAUGCCACAAUAAGAGAAACUGAUGUUCAUCUAGCAGAAGGAAAAGUAAUACUACCCCAACCCAAUGUUCACAUUCAAGACAUAUCCAUUGAAGGCAAAGCAGAUAUGCCUGAAGCUGACCUGAAAGGAUUUGAAGUGAAACUGAAGAAGCCAAGCUUUUCAUUUCCAAAAUUUGGUUUUUUAAAGCCAGAUAUUAAAGGGCAAGAUGCUGAAGCCAGUCAACCAAAUGUAGAUUUGCAAGAGGGAAAAAUACCUAUUAAAGAAGUAGAUGCAGAAAUCACCAAUACAGAUGAAGUGAAAAAAGGAGAUACAACAAAAUUUAAGCUGCCCUCAAUCAACCUUCCAAAGUUUGGACUCAAACAUCCAAAAGCUACAGCUGAUAUUCCAGUAGUUGAAGUAGACAUAAAAGAACCUGAAAUCAGACUCCCUGAAAAAGUAGAGUUACAAACCACUGACAAAGAGACAAACAUAGACAUUAAAAGGCCAUUGGUUGAUGUGGACAUCGAUGCUGAUGGGACGGGAAGCAAGUACAAGCUGCCAAAAUUUGGAAUUGGCAUGCCAAAUGUAAAGGGGAUAGAGAUGGAAGGAAAAGAAAUAAAUAUAGAAACCAAUUUGCUAUGCGAAGAAAAGAUAAAUGUACAACAGCCCAUUGUUAAAAUUCCAAAUGUGACCAUUGAGGGGAAAAAAGAUACAGUUGAAGUUGAUUCCAAAGGGCUGAAAGUGAAACUUCCCAGAUUUUCAAAACAAGACCUUAAGGCUCCUGAAAUUAAUGUGAGUCUACCCAAAGCUGACAUAGGCACAUCAGUUGGAAAUGUUGAUGUUUCAGUGCAAUCUGCAGACAUUAAAUUACCAGAACAAGAACCUGAUUUGAAAGAGGAAACUGUUGGCUCUCCAACAAGAUUUAAACUUCCAACAAUCAAUUUCCCAAAAUUUGGAACCAAAGCAUCAAAGGACACAGUUGAUAUACCUGUGGCACAUGUGGACAUCAAAGUUCCUGAAGUAAGCCUUCCUGAUAAGAAGUUUAACAUGUCAGGAAAAGUGUCAAGUGUUGAAAUUAAAGGGCCAACAAUUGAAGGUCCAUCCACUGAGAUAAACAUUACAGGAGAUGAUAAAGAGGGCAAAUUUAAGGUUCCAAAAUUUGGCAUUGCUCUUCCAACAAUUAAAGGUCCAGAUGGUGACCAAGGGCUUACAAAAGCUUUGACUGAAGCAGAAGUGAAAAUGUCAGGGGAUGUACUAUCUACAGACAAGGAAGAGCUAAAGUUACCCAAAGGAUCAGUGGAAGUAGAUAUGGAGACUAAAGGUGCUAAACUUGAAGAAGAAGAAGAAAGUAAACUCAAACUACCACACUUUGGAAUUUCUCUACAAGCAUCAAAAAGUCCAGAAAUUGAUAUAAAUGUUUCUCAAAUUAAUGUUAAAGAAUCUGUUACGGUAAAAGAUGUUAUGGUUGAGAAAUCAGCAGAUUUAACUGAUAUAAGUUCUAAGGGGCUUAGUGUAAAAAUGAAGAAACCAAGCUUUGGAUUUCCAAAAAUUGGAUUUUCAAAAUCAGAUGACAAGACCCAAGAUAUUCAAGCCAGUGAAAUUGCAGCAGAUGUAUCCUUGCCAGAGAGCACUAUAGAAAUAAGAGAAAGUGAGACAGAGGGCAAAGCUGAAAUAACAAGUCCACAAUUUGGCUCGCCAACAAAAUUCAAACUCCCAACAAUAAAAUUACCCAAAUUUGGUGUUUCCACUCCAAAGGUCCCUAGUGAUGCAGCAAUGGCUGAUUAUGAAACCAAGGAAAUUAAUGUUAGUUCUGUGAAUUAUGAGAUAGAGACAAAGUUGGAUAUAUCAGGUGACAUCAAAGGCAAAAUUACAGAGACUGAAACCCCAUCAAUUGAUAUUAAAAUAAAAGAAAAAGAACUUAAUCAAGAGGAACAGGAAAUUAAAUUUAAACUUCCAAAAUUUGGGAUAUCGUUGCCCAAAGUAAAAGGUCCUGAGGUGACAGUGACAGCAAAAGAGGUAAAGACAGAAACACCUGAAAUUGGGAUCACUGAACCAGAAAUUAAAGUCACAACAGACACAAGUCUCCCAAAAGUAGACAUGGCUUUAGAAGGAAGUUCCAGCCUUGAAAAAAAAGAGGUAGAGACAGAUUUGAAAGAUGAUACAGUUGUUUCAGGUUCUCCAAGUAAAUUCAAAUUGCCUACUUUUAAAAUGCCAAAAUUUGGAAUUUCGGCUCAAAAAACAUCUGAUGCAAAAGUAAAAGUUGCAGAAGUAGAUGUACCAGACGCUGAUCUAAAUAUUGAAGACAAGCCUGUGCAAGCAUCUAAAGAAACAAAAAGAGAGGACGACAUUAAAGAAACCACUGAACAGCUUCCAGAGGUUGCUGGUAAAAAAUUUGGUGGUGGGGACAAAGGCUCCCCAAGUAAAUUCAAGCUUCCUACUAUAAAAAUGCCAAAGAUCAGCAUUUCAAGAACAAAAUCUCAGGAGGGAGAUGAUGACACAACCACCAAAGUGAGUGCUCCAGAUGCUAAAUUAGAACCUAAAGAUGAUACUCAAGGGGCUGGAAAAUCACCCAAAUUUACAAUGCCCACACUUGAGGAUGUUCUCAGGGGCUUUGAAGUUGAAUUUAAUGUUCCAACCAUAGAGGACACCGAAGCGCAAAAGGACAAACCACCUGUUAAGCAAGAACAGGAGACCGGAGCAAACGUUGAGGAAGCAGCAGAACAUAAGGACAAAGGAGUUCAGGAGAAAUCAAAGUUUAAAUUUAAGUUUCCAAAAUUAGGAUUCAGUCAGUCUUCAGACGAAAGUGAUAAGCUUGUUGAUGUUAAAAUUGAAGAAAGUGAAAAGCAUCUAGAGGCUUCAGAAGAUCAGAAAGCAACUGUUAGCAAAGAACAAGCAAAAACUGAGAAAGGGAGCUGGUUCAAGUUCUCAUUUUCUUCUCCAACCAAAACAUCAAAAACAGCUGAGAAAGAAACAAUCCAACCACACAAAGAGGCUGAGAAACUCGAUGAUGUUGAAAAAGAAUCAAGCAAAGAACACGAGGAGCCUGAAAAGAACUCGCUCAGCGAGGCUAUGGAGGAAAACCUCAGCCCAACACUUUCACUGAAGUCAUCUGAAGCUUUUGCAGAUAUCAGUUCUACAGUAACCACUGAGCAGAUUGGCCUGUCGCAGGCUUCACCUACAAAGGUCAAAGUGAAAUAUGCUGAACCCACUGCCACCGUUGGGCUCAGUGACAUACAAAGCGAUGUUGUGACUUCUACAGCAAGAUGUGAACUGAUAUCAAUGGAGCCCCACCAGCCCGAGAAAGUCAACAUCCCUUUCUCAUCGGACAUGUCUUCAGCCUCUGUGGACACUCUGAAACAGAUGUCAGGGGAAAUCCAUGUCAUCACAUCGAACAUACAAGCUAUACCUGAAACACAGCAAGCCUCAAUCUUGACUAAUUUAGACACACAUGGAAUUCACACCUUGCCUUUACAAGUAACACUAGGCUCAGACUCCGUGUUGACAGUGGAGAAAACCAGAGUGCAAAGUGGUACAUGCACAGUGGUGGAAAGGCAUGUCGUAAAAGAAACUGUACAUGAUGACAAGGAGACAAUACUUGUGACACAGAGAACAUGUGUAUUUGAAGGCGACUCUGCAGAACCCAUUACUGAUGAGACAGCUUCUUCAAUUCGUAGGCUAAAAGAUACAGUACACAUUGAGAAAAUGAGGUUUUUUGACAAUGUAGCAACAACUGAAGAAGUCACAAUAGUGAGCUCUGAAACAUCUCUAAGACAUAUGGAUUCCUCUACUGAUGAAAAUGGGAAAUGAACAUGAGAUAUGGCUGAUUUGAUUUUAUGCUUUUGAAUGUUUCAGUGUUCUCUUAUAUAAUCAUAUAAGCCAGCUGCAUUGUAAUGCUAUUAUACAAAAGAGCGCUGAUACUUAUGGACAUAUCACAGAGUAUUGUUUAGCUAACAGAAAUUUUAAGCUUAAAAAACUUUUAAAAAUAUAUAUAUCCACUGGGAAAAAAUGUAUGUACACGGAAUAAUAGGAAAAAAUGUAUGUUAUAAUUUUAUGUGUGGGUUGCCAGUGUGCUUUAUUGUAAAACGGAUAUCUUUGGGAAUAUUGUUUAUAGUACAAACUUGGUAAUCAAGCAAACACCAUUUAAACAAAUAUAUUCACAAAUAAAAUUCAUUAUAAAAUGUGGCUAUUAAAGACUGUUGACUGUAUCACAUAUUGAGGCAUUUGUUUCUUUAAGGUUAUUUAUUUUGUGAAAGCUAUAUAAUUGCAUAAAAAAAAAUCAGUUUCUGCAGCCUUUAGAAAAAAAAAAUAAUAUUAUGUAAAUAUGUUUUAUUCACCCAAAAGCAUUUGCACCUACAGUAUGAUGGAAUCAAUGGACAUGCAAAACACACAAUGCAUAUUUUAAAAUACAAAUAAUUUUCUUAAUAAGCAAUGUCUUUUCUUUUAUCAUAUAUAGUCAAAGUAAUCAAAUUAAUGUUAUAAGAGAAACACUUAAUGCAAAAUAAAUAAAAAGUGGAAUAAUGA